CUGCCAAUCGGGGCGGAGCUGGGGAAGCCGUCGAGAGGCCCAAUGCUUCCAGAGCUGGGGAAAUCUCGGAGGGAAAAAUCAGCCCACUGUGCUUGGAAAGUUGCUUGAAAAGAUUCAGGCAACUUGAUAACCAUGGAUGAGUACACGGUCCAGUCAGUGCUUGGAGAAGGAUCAUUUGGGAGAGUUCUUUUGGUCCACCAUAAGAACACAAGCCAGAAAUAUGCAGUGAAGGAAAUAAGACUUCCCAAGUCAAAUACACAGAAAUCUUGGAAUGAAUCUGUUCUGUUGGCUAAAAUGAAACACCCAAAUAUUGUCACUUACAAGGAAUCGUUUGAAGUUGAUGGACACUUGUAUAUAGUGAUGGAAUACUGUGACGAUGGAGAUCUCCUGCAAAAGAUUAAGCGUCAGAAGGGAAAACUGUUUCCAGAAGAUAUGAUACUGAAUUGGUUUGCCCAGAUAUGCCUGGGAGUGAAGUAUAUUCAUGAUAGGCGUGUAUUGCACAGAGACAUCAAAUCCAAGAAUGUACUUCUCACACAAAAUGGAAAGGUAAAACUGGGAGAUUUUGGAUCUGCGCUUCUUCUUACCAGCCCAAAGGCAUAUGCUUGUUCCUAUGUGGGAACCCCUUAUUACGUGCCUCCAGAAAUAUGGGAGAACACCCCUUACAACAAUAAAAGUGAUAUAUGGUCUCUGGGAUGCAUUUUAUAUGAGCUGUGCACACUUAAGCAUCCGUUUCAGGCCAAUAGCUGGAAACAUCUCAUUCAUAAGAUAUGUAAUGGAUACUACAGCCCGCUUCCAUCCCACUAUACCUACGAACUUCACUAUUUGAUAAAACAAAUGUUCAAGAAGAAUCCCAGGAACCGCCCAUCUGCUAGUACAAUCCUUAACAAAAACUGCUUGGCAAAGCUCAUCAGAAAUCUUGAUUCAGCAGAGGAAGGAAAGCAUGCAAGAUUGAAAACUGGCUGUUCAGAACCGGAGCUCAUUUCCAAGGGAUUCAGUGAAAUGGGAUUGGGAAAAACAGGGAAGUGUGAAAUCCCCUCAGAGGCUGCUUUACCAAGACCCCACAGACGACAGUGGGGAAAGGGAAGAGCCAGUACCCUGGUCAACGCCCUGGACAAGGCACCUCUACUUUCUUCCAGUGUUACAACCAAAGAGGAUGAAAUAGGUGGUCAGGUGAGAAAAUAUGGUGAAAAUGUCACACGUAAGCAGUGGACCAAGGAACCUCCUGAAACUGUAUUGCAUAUUCUCCACAACGCUGAUGUCAGUUUAGCUUUUAAAACAUAUACCAUCUACAAAGCAGCCUCAGAUGAUCUGUUGAGAGGACCACUUGCUGAAGAAACCAAAGGAUCUGAUGAAACAGAUGGUGAAAUUAUGAUGGAGGAUCCUGAGAGACUUGAAUCAAGAUCCGACGAGGAAGACACGGACUUUGAAGCAGAAGAUGAUCCAGACUGGGUUUUUGAACUGAAAGGGAUGAUGAAUAUGGAAUGAUGGACAACAGAAAAGAUGAAUAGUGGAACUGAAGAAAUUAGAACUUGAAUAGUGGAACUGAAGAAAUUAGAACUUGAAUAGUGGAACUGAAGAAAUUAGAACUAUCAGUUAACUGUGAUCCAAAUCAAGAUUUUAAUACCCUGAUGCUGACAAAACAGUUUGAAAGCCGGUUUAUUAUGCAAGCAUUCUUUUGCAUUUCUUUGGUCUUUAGGGAGGGGAAUGUUAAAAAUGAUAAUUUUCUUCUUGAAUAAAGCUACUGAAAGUAUGCACUUUUGAUCUCAAGGUAUUUGUAAGUUAAUAAAAAUAUAGAAACAGAUAGCAGUAACCUGGAUGCAGAAUUCAGGUGCUGUUAAGCAUUGUAAUAAUUUAAAUUCCUAUUUAUAAAUUGCUGUAGUUUUUGCAUUGGAAGUUGACGUGGCCACAUUCUUUUUUCCAUUCACACAAAAUUCAUUGUGGUAUGAUUAAUUAAUAGCAUGUAAACUAUAAGGUUACUACCAAAUCCAUCAUAAUGUGUAUGUAUUAAUGUGUGUAAAAGUGGUAGGUCUACAUUACUCUGGCUCAUUUUAACCCAGCUUUUCCUUGUGGUUCAACCUGGCUGACAAUAAUAGUUCAAAAACUAUUAAAAUUAAAAUUAAAUUAAGUUAAAAUUAAAACCAAAAUAAAAUAGCAAAC